AUGGCUCGUGCGGACGGCCGUAUCUGCAACUGGGCUACAGGUUACCAUCCCCAAAAGAUCCCUUGCCAGCUGGUAGAUGGCUUCCUUAACGGGUCUUACAAUCUUGGACAAAAACUUGCUUUUGAGGACGGGACAAUUUGGUUCCUCCGCUUACCCCGUGUAAGCAGUAUUUCCCCUGAAUAUGCGGACGAGAAAGUAGCCAUGGAAGUGGGAGCCCUUCAUCUUGUCCUAGAGAGGACAUCUAUACCCGUCCCGGAAGUCUACGCUUGGGGCCUUGCUAGAGAAAAUCAACUUGGUCUGGGCCCUUUCAUCUUGAUGCAAUUCAUCGAUGGUGUCUGCCUUAACCAUGCUUUUGGUGGAAAGGAUUCGAGACUGCUUAAGGAGGAAACUUCCGAUGCUGAUGUCGAAUACGUCUACAAAAAAAAUGGCGCAGUUCAUGCUGCAGCUAUUCAAGAUCGAUUUCGAACAGAUUGGCAGCUUGCCAACUCCAAAGACAAAAUAUACCGCGCCUAG